GCUUGCACUCGGUAAUCGGUAACACCGCGAAAAUGCGCUUAUCGUUUGUUGAUGCAUUUCCUGAUACUGAUUUCCGUCUUCAGUCUUCACUCUUCACUUCUCAGUUAUCUGUUGAUGAUAUGUCGUGUGUCGCGUUGAGUUUGUUUGUUUUAUUACCAGUGGCACUGCAUUCGACUAGGUAUUUUUCAGUUAUUCACUAAAUUCACUUACAUGUUACUUUGCGUUUUUAAAUCAAAACAUUAGUAACCUAGCCGUGCGUACGGUAUUGCAUCGAAAACUAUCCGACGGUAGCGACCGCGAUGAUUGCCGUCUUUAUGACUAGAGGUUUCAAAAACCGAAAUUGUUUGUACCACAUCAUUCAAAACAAAUACAUUUGAAAAAUUACACGAUUGUGGUUUUGUUUUGAUUAUGUAUUUGAGUACAUGAUGGUCGUUCAAUUACAUUAAUGUGGUACAAAGCAUGCGAGAAAUCGUAUAUAUCAGUAUAUGUUAUACUAUUCAACAUGGUACAUCAAGACCCGAUCCUUUAAUUGUGUGUUCCGCAUGUCAAAUUACCAUUUACUAGCAUUCACUACUGCCAUAAUAGGAACAAGCUAUGACUAUGUAUCAACCAGUUAAAGAGUCAAUUCAGUUGGUGACAACACCAACAAAUCAUCCAAAAUCAGUGCUAAUAAAUAGUAAGAAUACCAAACUAGAGGAAUUCAUAAUGAAUAUUCAAAAUAUGUCACCAUUCAGAUUCAUUUUAUUUAUGAUUUCAAUUUUAUUUUGUUUUGCUGUCAUAAUUGGUGUUUUAUUUAUAGUACCAUGUGAAUGGUCUAACUGUAUUUCUUCAAAAAACAUUAAGUUGAUUUGGUCUGAUUCUGUUUUUAUUGAUAUAGAGUUAAAAGGCAAACCAAGUACAAUUGAGUUAAAUCAAAAACUUAUACAAUUGUUAUUUAUAGUAAGAGGAUCAAUUCUCAACAGCCAAAAUGUACCACCUAGAACAGAACGUUUACCAUCAAUUGGUGGGGGUCUUUUACAAAUAGAUACAGUUACUGGUAAAGAAAUGUGGCGUAAACGAUUAGAUUCAUUACCCGAUACAAUUGAUUGUACAUUAUUAAAUAAUCAGUUCAAAGAAAACAAGGAAGUAUAUUGCAUAGUAGGAGCAUCUAAUAGAAAUUUAUUAGCUGUUGUAUCCAGUAGUAAAAAUAAAGGUGAUCUUGUAUGGAAAAAAAAUCGACCAGAGUCAAACACUACUAAAUUAAAUAACAUCAAUGAUCCAGUAUAUAUGGAGUUUCCCGUUAUAAUACCUGAUUGUGAUUCUGAUGGUGUCAAUGAAAUGGCUUUUGUGCACCAUGAAAAUAAUAUGCCUACAUUAGAUAUUUUAUCUGGAAAAAGUGGAAACAAAUUAAUGAACAGUAUACGCAAUGAUAAUUGUACUAAAAUGACAGAUCUUAUUUUAAAUUAUGAUAUGUCCUUAGUCUAUUUUUGUCGUAAAAAUACUGUCAUAGAUCCUUUAGAAACGAUUCCAAUCAAAACUAUAUUAAAUUGCUCUCGUGAUUGGAUACCAGAUUUAGUUCAUCAAACCAAACGAGAACAUGAUCAAAUUGAAGAAAAUCAAUAUUUUAUUACACUUGGACCCUAUAAUCUUUGGAUUAAUAAUAGCUAUUAUGAUUGUCCGAUCAAUUGUACAACAGUUGUUAAUGUAACAAAUAAUUCUAAUGAAACAGUUUGGUCAAAGAAAAUUGAUGGUUCUUAUAUAAUGAAGCCAGUAAUAUUUGAAUUGCGCAACAAUAUAUCUGGAUUUGUUAUCAAAAUUUGGUCUUGGAAUAAUGAAACAAUUAAGAGUAAAAUCAAAUUUACUAACAUUGAAAAAGUUGAAUAUAUUCAAGAACAAGUUAUGGUAAUUACAUAUAAUUCAUCCAGACCAGAAGACUUCCACAUUAAAAACAUAAGUUCAAACAGAAUUUUACAAGUAUGUGAAAAUCAGUCAAACUGUCAGCCAAAAUUAGAAUAUCAAAAAUAUUCAUUAAAUGUGAUGGAUAUAGACAACGACGGUUACAGAGAAUUGGUUUCUGUAUUAGUUACAUAUAAAUUUAUCAAUGCUUUUAGCCAGCUCUAUUUGAAUGAUAAACACUCAUUACAGCUUAUAUCAAAAGUUAAUGUUUAUCAAUUAGAAAAUCAACUUAUUGGAAAUUUUGAAGAUGAAAUUUUUGUUUGAAUUGAAUUAUUGUAAACAUACAUAUUAUCUUGUCUACAGUUUUGUCUCCAUUGAAAA